UAUCGAGGAGGGAGGUGCCGAAGUACGCGAAGAUUUGCCACAGGAAUUUUUACGUGAGGCGGGAGAAUUUGCGCCGGAUGGCGCAGGCGGCGGCGAGCGCGAUGCUGCAGCGGUUCGAGGGAGUGGAGAGGGUGAUUCAGGAGAACUUGGACAGGGCGGCGGACGUGGCGGCGGCGGCGUACAGUCACGUGAGGUGCAACGAGAAGGAGUGGAGGAAGAGGGCGGAGAAGGAUGCGGAGAACCAGAGGAGGGCGCAGGAGGAGGAGGAGGAGAAGAUUCGACAGCAGAAGAAGUUGAAUUUCUUGCUGACGCAGACGGAGUUGUACAGCCAUUUCAUGUCGAAGAAGAUGGGAGUGCAGGCGGAGGGUUCGGCGGGGGGGUCGGCGAAGUUGCCGCAGUCGUCGUUGCAGAGAAGCGUGGUGGAGUUGGGCGCGCCCGCGCGAGAGGAGGCGAGCGAGUUGGAGAGGGCGCAGACGGCGGCGCUGCGCGCCUGCAAGGAGCACAUCAGCAAGAUCGAGAAGUUCGACGCGGAGUCGAGGCACCUGCGCAACCCGCAGUCGUCGGCUGCUUCGGCGGGACAGUCGAACGGCGCGGGCGCCUCGACGGCGGUGAUUGGACACCGUCGCGUGGGUGGACACGUGACGAACAGCUCGUCGAUCCAGCCGCCGAGCUCCGGCGCGGCGUUGGCGCAGGACGGGAUGGUGGAGCAGCCGCGGAACCUGCGCGGCCAACUGAAGUCGUACCAGCUGAAGGGUCUGAACUGGCUGAUCAACCUGCACGAGCAGGGCAUCAACGGGAUCCUGGCGGACGAAAUGGGCCUGGGCAAGACGGUGCAGACGAUCAGCCUGCUGGUGCACCUGGCAGAGGCGAAGGGCAUCUGGGGCCCCUUCAUCGUGAUCGCGCCGACGUCGACUCUGCCGAACUGGGCGAACGAAAUCCGCAAGUUCUGCCCGAGCUUCAACGUGCUGCCGUACUGGGGCUCGCUGAAGCAGCGCUCCGUGCUGCGCAAGGUGCUGCACUCGCGCUACCUGCACCGCGCGGACUCCAUCGCGCACGUGGUGGUCACCAGCUACCAGCUGAUCGUGCAGGACGAGAAGUUCUUCCACCGCAUCCACUGGGAGUACAUGAUCCUGGACGAGGCGCACGCGAUCAAGAGCUCGACCUCGGUGCGCUGGAACACGCUGCUCUCGUUCAAGAACACCCGCAACCGCCUGCUGCUGACGGGCACGCCGAUCCAGAACAACAUGGCCGAACUGUGGGCGCUGCUGCACUUCAUCAUGCCCACUCUGUUCGACUCUCACGACGAGUUCUACGAGUGGUUCUCGAAGGACAUCGAGGAACACGCCCAGGGCACCAAGUCCGUGCUGAACGAGCACCAGCUCAACCGCCUGCACAUGAUCCUGAAGCCGUUCAUGCUGCGGCGCGUGAAGCACGAGGUCGAGAACGAAAUGCCCCCGAAGCAGGAAAUCCACAUCAAGUGCAACAUGACUCCGCGCCAAAUCCAGCUCUACAACGGCAUCAAGAACCGCCUCUCGGUCAGCGAGCUGCUCAACAAGGUCAACACGAUCAAGAUGAACAAGUCCGCGCAGGAGCGCCACGCGAAGCACCUCAUGAACAUCGUGAUGCAGUUCCGGAACAUCUGCAACCAUCCGGAAAUCCUCGAGCGGUCCGAAACGGUCUCGCCGCUCCAGUUCACCGCCGCGGUGCCUCCCACGCUCUCCUACAACAGCAUCAUCGCGCCCGUGCUCAAGAACCACGUCGAAAUGUCCAUCCCGCGGCUCAUCUACCGCGAGGCCAUGGACAACCUCUCCUUCUCCUUCAGCGGCGGCGCGCUUCAGGGCGCAAGGACCAAGUGGCUGUACCACCGUCUGAACGUCUUCUCUCAGGAGCACGUUCGCCAGUCCAACUCCUGCGCCUCUUCGCCGCGCUCGCGCUGCUGGGACUUCCUGUCUCUCUGCGACUGGAGCGCCGGCGAGGUCGAGUGGCUCUACCACCACGACCUCUGGCACCGGUGGCAGCUGCAGCUCUCGAAGCAGCGUCGCGGCCUCGCGCUCUCGCGUCCCUACCACCCGCUGCACGCAAAGCAGCUGGACUUCGUGCGCGUGCGCGGUGCGACCUCCUGGCCCUCCGUCCGCACCUCUCUCGCCCUCUCCGAUAUGGUCCGGACGCCGCUCGACCGACUGCACGGCCUCCUGGGCGCCGCCCGCGCCUCCUACGCCGCCCACCGCACGCUCGUCUGGGCACCGCCCAUCGAGCUCUGCUGCUUCGACCGGCGCUACGCCUCCCAACUCGACGCCCACGCGUCGGACCCGCGCGUCUGGAAACUCCUGCUCGGGAGCUCCCGCUGGCUCCGGAACUCUCCGCCGGAAUCUCCGGUCGAAUCCUCCGCCCCCAGCUGCGUCGAACUCGACUGGCCCGAGCGCCCGCUUCUUCGCCCGCUACUCGACGCCUUCGGCUCCACUCAAAUCUUCGUCCCCCAAUUCAGCGAGCUGGUCCGCGACUGCGGCAAGCUCAAGGUCCUCGACAACCUGCUCAAACAACUCAAAGCCGACAACCACCGCGUCCUCGUCUACUCUCAGUUCACCGAGGUCCUCGACAUCCUCGAAGACUUCCUCUACGUCCGCUCCUACAAGUUCGUGCGCCUCGACGGCAGCCGCAAACUCGACGACCGCCGCAACAUGGUCGAGCAGUUCCAAACCGACCCCACCAUCUUCAUCUUCCUCCUCUCCACUCGCGCCGGCGGCCUCGGCAUCAACCUCACCGCCGCCGACACCGUCAUCUUCUACGACAGCGACUGGAACCCCACCAUCGACGCCCAAGCCAUGGACCGCGCCCACCGGCUCGGACAAACCAAACCCGUCACCGUCUACCGCCUCAUCACUCGCGACUCCGUCGAAGAACACAUGCUCCUCCGCGCCAAGCAAAAGGGCACCAUCCAAAACCUGGUCAUCAAGGGCGGCCACUUCGAAAUGGCCUCCGACGAAACCGAAGAGUCCCCGAAGGCCAGCGAAAUGAUCAACUGGAUCCUCUCGAAAGCCGACCUCGACGACUCGGGAACCGGCUCCGACGCCAAGAAACGACCCCUCAGCGCGCUCAAAUACGGCCUGAAGCCCCGCAGCUCCAUCCCCUCCAGGCGCUCCACGAAACUCGUCGCCACCUCCAUCUUCCCCGAAACACCCAUCGACUUGAAGUCCUCCUAACCCCACCCCACGAGACCGCAAAUAAUAUACGUUACACACCCACACACAUAAAACUCGCGUUUCUGCGCUCUUCACCCCCGGAUUUUCGCAAAAAAAAAAAA